AUGCCAAACCUUCCUUCUAGCUUGAACAAGAUGACUGCUCAAGCCUGUUUGAGACUCUAUCCACUAACUUUAGAUUUUAUCACCUUCCUGAACAAUUCACCUACUCCAUACCAUGCUGUCGACUCCGUAAAGUCCAAAUUGGUAGAGUCGGGGUUUAACGAGCUCAGUGAGAGAGUUAAUUGGGCCGGAAAAGUCAAGAAGAAUGGCGCUUACUUUGUGACUCGUAACAAUUCGUCCAUUAUAGCCUUCACUGUUGGCGGGCACUGGCAGCCAGGUAACGGAGUGUCAAUUGUUGGAGCCCAUACUGAUUCCCCAACCUUGAGAAUCAAACCCAUAUCCCAUUCGACUAAGGAGGGAUUUAACCAAGUUGGAAUUGAAACUUAUGGUGGAGGCUUGUGGCAUACGUGGUUUGACAGAGAUUUAGGAGUAGCUGGACGAGUGUUUAUUGAAGAAGAAGAAUCUGGUAACAUUGUGUCCAAGUUAGUCAAGAUCGAUAAACCAGUAUUGAGAAUCCCCACACUAGCCAUACACCUUACCAAAGAGAGAGCUAAGUUUGAGUUUAAUAAGGAAACUCAAUUCCAUCCAAUCUCAUCGCUUGAAAACUCCUCUGAAAAGGAGAAAAACAAAGAUGAGGAACAUGACGCUUGUGCAGGAGAAGAUUUGACUACGGAGGAGUUUAAGUCAAUUCAAUCUGUUGUGGAGAGACACAACAAACAAUUGCUUGAUCUGGUGGCUGCAGAUCUUGAUUGCUCUAUAUCCCAGAUAGUGGACUUUGAAUUGAUUCUUUUCGACCACAACAAACCAGUACUCGGAGGUUUGAAUGAAGAAUUUGUGUUCUCAGGAAGAUUGGACAACCUAACUUCUUGUUUCUGUGCCACUGAAGCGCUUAUAAAUGCCAGUAAAGAUACCAACAGGUUAGAUCUGGAUACUAAUAUUCAACUGAUCUCUCUGUUUGACCACGAAGAGAUUGGAUCAGUUUCUGCUCAAGGAGCUGAUUCUUCAUUUCUACCUGACAUACUUCAGCGUAUAACAAGACUAACUGGUAAUGAGGUUAGCACCGAUCUGGAAGGACAACCAAAUUCUUUCUUUUUAGAGUCAAUGGCCAAAUCUUUCCUACUAUCUUCAGAUAUGGCACAUGGUGUGCAUCCCAACUAUGGGGAAGUCUAUGAGAAGCUAAAUAGGCCAAGAAUCAACGAGGGACCAGUGAUCAAAAUAAACGCUAAUCAAAGGUACAGCACCAAUUCCCCAGGUAUUGUUUUGCUCAAGAAGAUUGGUGAGUUGGGAAAGGUCCCCUUGCAAUUGUUUGUUGUUAGAAACGACUCUCCCUGUGGGUCAACAAUUGGUCCAAUGUUGAGUGCUAAACUUGGACUUCGAACGCUGGACCUCGGGAACCCCCAGCUCUCCAUGCAUUCUAUCAGAGAAACUGGAGGUGCUCGUGACGUUAAAAAGUUGGUCGAUCUUUUCGAAAGCUAUUUUGAGAAUUAUUACACCUUGGAGCCUAAGAUUAAGGUAUAA